CAGUGGCAAGACAAAAGGCGAGCUCCCCUGCCGAGAACCAAAACGUGAGGCGCUCCAUAGCCAUAGCUUCCGCGAGAGAGAGAAGGUUUGGAGCCAUGAGGCCGACUCCGAUGGACUUCUUCGGCGACAUGGACGACCAGGGCUCCACCAUGGCCAUGGACGUUGACGACGUUGACACACUCGAGAGCUUUGCCGACGGCGUCAUCGGCGAGAACAAGCUGGCCGACGCUGACUUCUUCAAUUCCUUCGAGGACGAUUUCGACGACACCGACAUCAACUGAACCAACCGCAGCUUCUUCUCCAUCGAACCCAUGUAAUGAUUUGCUUCGAUUUGCUCUGUUUUCUAGGGUUUCGGCUAGGAUGAAGUUUCUUCUUUAAUUAGCCAAAUUGGUUAUAUAUAGAUAUGGAUUUUAGUUUGUGUUUAUGCUAUAUGUGAUUGCUGUGUGAAUGAUGGAUGGUGUUCGUUCUGUUUGGUUGGCGUUUUUAAGCUCUGCGUGGUUUCUGUUCCAAAUCAGAAA